AUGGAGUUCCUUGGUCACAGCCCUACCGCAGUUUAUUUAGGAGCAGCAAGAAGGCAAAAUGAAACCUCAAAGCUGCCCAACAUAGCUUCUUUGCCCCCUGUCUCGAAUGAUCAGCAGAAGUAUGGCCAAUUCGACUACCCUUUCAGUAGGGCUCUUACGACAUUGGGUUAUACACCGGCCAAAUUUUAUACAAGUGCUAAAUUCGACCCAAAUAGUUCCCUUACCGGCUCUUCGCCGGCAAAUGUGGACACUUCUAAUCUUAGCACUCUUUCGGGAAUUAGAGUACCUCCCAUAUAUUCGGCUGCCAGAAAUGCUCUUUACACAAGAUAUACUCAAAAGAAUUGGUAUGAAAACUACCAACGUCUCCUUCAUGCCAACGACCGCGCACUCAAGGACUCUGAAAAUUUACUAUAUGAGUCUGGUCGAAGAAUUAACGAAGAGAUUGCACUCACUAAAGCUAAUCAAGACGAGGCAACACGAAAGCUUGGAGAUCGAAUAUGUGAUAUAAACUACUGGAUAAAUGAAUUGGAGGACGAAAUAGAUAAGAUGGUGAAGGAAAAUAAUGAUCUAAAUCGUACCAAAAGAAUAGCAGAAAAACUGCUUACUGAGACGGAAAAUCAGUUACACAUCGCUCAGGAAUGUCUGUACAACAGAGAAAAACGUCAAGGAAUUGAUUUGGUCCAUGAUAACGUAGAGAAAAAAAUGGUCCAAGUAAGUUUACAAAUGUAUUUACCAUGA